AUGGCGGUGUGCGACCCGCUGCACCGGCAGUACGAACUGCUUCCCCCAAUCCCUGACGACCUAAGAGCUUCGGUGGAGGACCCAAUCCGGCACAAUUUCUGCGAGACUUUCCUCGCUCCCGAUGGCGAUGAGGAAACGUCAUUCAGAGUGAUUUGGAUGGUGGAGUGUAGAGCUAAGCUCAUUGCCUUUGUCUUCUCUUCCAGUACUAGACAAUGGCGAGCCGUAUCCCAGAGUUGGACCAAUUUGUUAGAUGGUUUGCUAUCAUCCACAUGGAUUCCACUCUUCCUCCACCGGCAGUAUGCGUGUGGCUGCUUUUACUGGCUGCCAAACUGGCAGUGGCAGCACAAAUCGAAAAUGUUGGUGCUCGACACCUGGAUGAUGGAGUUCUCCAUUGUUGAACCCCCAUCCGAAGCCAAAAAUUCAUCCAGCACUGGUAUACCUAUGUUUGAAUCAGGAGAAGGCAGGCCUAGAAUGCUUGUUAGGGGGCCUGACAUAUCUAGCCGCAGUUAUACCAUUUGUAGGAAAAAUGGUGGGAGCUCCAGCCAGUGGCAGAAGGAGAAGAUAAUCUCACUCCCGCUGAUCUCUUGGGACAUGCUCAGAUGUGCAAAGGGGACGUACUUCCUCCUGGAUCAUCGCGGAAGCUCAUCGUUCGAGCAAGGCAGAUUCGCAGUGGACAUCGAAACUUUACAGCUCAAGAGAGUGUGUGCUUCGACGGUGCAUGGCCACACAUAUAGCAACUACCCACCGUCGUUCUCAUCACCGAAAGUAUCAAGUGAUAUUGAGGAGGUGCUGGAACAAGGCGUUGAGGCCCUCCAAGCUGAAGGGCCCGUGGAUGGCCAUCAAGAUGAGAGUACUGCUGGUAAGGCGGAUGUUGGAUGUCAAGCUGAUGAGUUGAGGGUUGGAGAUGGUGCCUAUUAA